GCGGCAUUAGAGACAUAAGCGAGUGAAUGGAGUCAGUUAGGCGCUUCAGCUCUCUACUAUCAAAGGCACUCACGCUUAGCUGACGGGGAAAGGGAGUGUUUAAUGCAUCGGUCCAAUCCUGAACCCGGGAAGAGUGCGGGACCUAUCUAAAGGACAUAUUCCAUUCUCUCAGUUGGGCUCCUUCCCAGAGUUCUUGCCUCAAGAAUGUGUACCUCCAUCUUCCCCGGAUCAGUAUAAUCCUUGUGUUGUUUUUGAGGGCUCUGGAAAAAACGAGAUACGUCAAGCUUUGGAAGCAUUAGGACUGACCUUGGUGGCUAAGGGAUUGAAACUUCCAGCAUCAUAGCAUGUUUAUAUUUUGCUGCAAGUUUAAUUUCUGACGUCUUUUCAAGCUUGAAUUUGAAUCCUGUUUUAGCAGAAAUUCAGGAUGGGAAACCAGACUGGGAAACAUGAGCAACUUCAACCUACUUCAGGCGAAAAAAUGCUGCCCAUCCUGCUGAGCUCCUCAGGCAUUUAGAGUGAGAGAAGAUCUCACUGAAACUCCGUUACUCUCUGGACCAUAUGGUUUUCCCCUGACAGAGGAGUCUGGAGCGAGAGGGGUGGAGGAGUUCACAGAACUACAGGCGAUUCUGCAAAUGCUGGGAAUCUUGAGCAACACACAGAUGCAAGUCUGGUGCAUCCACAAAAGCUAAAGGUCAGGCCAUGAAGACGGACCAAUCAGAGGACAACGAAGUGUUCGCAGAGACAGAUGUUACUCAGAACAAUGGGUCCCCCUCACAGCAGAAGAUGGUGGCGACAGGCUCCAAGAGUGCAGAAGGCCCAGAGGAUGCCAGCACAGCUGAGCCAGCUGUUCGCCCCCACUUGGUCCGCCUCUUUUCUCGUGACGCGCCAGGACGUGAAGACAACACCUUCAAAGACCGCCCAUCAGUAUCUGAAGAACUCCAGGCCAUCCAUGAGGAUAGCUCAGUUCCUGUGGUGGAACCACAUUUGAUGGAAGUGCAGAAACUGAGCUCACAAUCGUUAAGUAGUUCGGACAAGAAGGGGAAAGAAGCAAAACAGAUGGCAUCGGCAAGCACCUCAGACCAUGCUAAGCAAGCAGGAGCCCAUUCAAGGCAGAGAGACUCUGGUCUACUUGACCAGCUGGGAAAAUUUUUUGGACAAGAAGGAUCCAGGAAAGUACCUGAAAAAGGAAAGGAACCGGCAAGGGGUGUGUUAAUGGCCCCCACUAUGCACAAGGCACAUCAUGGAGCAGGAAGGCAGAGUGACGAUAGCGCUGUUGUCCACUUCUUUAAGAACAUGAUGUCACCAAAGAAGGCACCCAAGCAACAGAAGGGAAAGUUCGGAGCAAGUAGAGCUAUCACUAAAUUUAUUUGGGGUACUGAAGGACAGAGGCCACAUUACGCUACAACUGGUUCUAAGUCAAAGGCGGCUUAUAAAGGACGAAGAGAUGGAACCCUGUCAUCUCUUUUCAAAAUGGGGAAGAAAGGUGAAGGUUCACCUGCUAGACGCUGAAUCCCCCUCAAGUACAACAGGAAGGAAUGCUUCAAAAUGGAAAAAUAUCCUUGCUCUGUGUUGUAUAUUAACAGUCUUACUAUUCAUGCAUUAACUAGCAUUUACUGAGUCCCUCCAAAGAGAAUGAUUGCAUACAAAUAUGAUCUUUACCAAUCAGGUAUCUAGCCUGGUGCUCUUAAUGCAAACUUGCCUAAUUCAAAUUUAUCUGUUAACCAGAUUUUUAAAAAAGAACUGUUUAUUUAAAUUUCUUAAUUUGAGCCACAGGAUGUUGUGAGCAAAGAGAUUUUAAAUUAACUGGAGUAGACAGUAUAAUGAAUGGAAUGUGUUAUUGCUUAUAUAUACUAGUCCCACAGUAAUUCGAAAUAUUUUAGAAACGAUGUGAAGGUGCCAAUGGUCUUAGAACUCUUUCCACUCUCCUUUUCUGUGGAUAAGGAAUCUAAUGUUUUAUAAUGAAUUUUAUUGCGUCUUAACACUAUUACUGUAAAAUAUCAUGACAAUUGCUAAGGUUUUACUAAAUAUAUUAGCACUGUGGUAAAGUGACAUCUUGUCUGACAGUUGCUGUUCAAUUCAAUAAACUCCAUUUUGAACAGAAAUGUCAUUGGUUACUUGUACCCAAAGAAGCAUCUCAGUAGUAUAAUAAUCCUGACUGUCUAUUCUUCACACACUCUAUGGUGCAAUGCAGAUAAGCAGCAUUACGUGUUGUAAAGCUGUGAACAUUAAGGUGUUACACUAACAUGAUGUGUGAAAAUGUUAUCAGUAAGCUAUAACCUCAAACUAACAUUAAAUUCCACAUCAAUGGGCCAAGACCAUUGCUAUGUGAGUGCUCUUUUGAAUUGCACUGUUCUUGAAAUUGAAGCAAUAUUUUUAUCACCUUUACAUUUACCUUUUUGUUUGUUAUCCAAGUGUAGUGCAUUAAAAUGGCAAAUUUACACAAAGCUUAAGGUGGUUGCCUUCUCAGAGGUAAACACCCUUCAUGUUAGCCACGAGGGUGAAUUGUCUCUGCAGCCAUGAAACGUAUACAUGCACCAAGAAUUUAAUUUGAAAGAAAUACAAGGGGAUGAUACACACUCACAGACACUGAUAGGACACUCGUAGUCUACUUCUAGCACCUGCUGUUUUUACUGCAGAUGUAGGAAGAGUAUAGUUUAUACCCGCCCUCCCUCGGUAAUGCUGCUGCUACUGCUGCUCUUUGAUUAGACGUCUUCCUUUUGCCAGUUGUGGCUUAUUCUCCAGUGGGUGACAAAGCAUGAUACCAUCCAUUCUCCAACUGGUAAUAUCUAAAAUGCACAGGCAGGUGAAAGUAGAGACUUAUUAAUUAGUUUUCCGAUCUAUUGCCAGUUUAUGUAUGGUAACUUGCUUAUAGAGAACACAUACUAGAAAAAGAUGAAUGAUCAUGUAUGACUGAGUGAUAUUUCUGAAUGUAAAUGUAAAAAAUAAUGCAGCUAAACUGUUUGUCCAUGUUAAAAUAAAGUUAGUUAUAAUUCAACUACAAAGAUUGCUGUUUUGCAUGUUUGAUGUUUGUUGAAAAUGCUCCAAAUUAACAAAGUUUUAUUGCAAAAUCUUUACAGUAGACCUCUCCCAUGUUUGAUGGUUUGAAUGCCAGUCACUAACCACUUUACAUUAUCAAGAACAAAAAA